GCUGAGGAACUUUCCUUUAGCAGUAGCACCCACUGUUCCCACCUACUCCACAGUCCACACACUUUUCUCUCUUUUUAAUUUUCUCGGCGGAUUCUUCAAAGCACUUUCUCAUUUCCUUUCUAGAUCCUUUCUAUCUCUUCUUUUUGCUUCUGUAAGUCUCCGAUUCAGAUCUUUUGUCAAAUCAAAUAAACAAUGCAAAGCGCAGCGUAUUCUUUGUCUUCUCCCUGUUCGAUUCCAUCUCUGAAGCCGCGAAAAUUCGGUUCCCGCGCUGGAUCUCAACCUAUUCGCGUUUCAUCUUCUUUUGCCGCUCCUGAACGGCAUGAACAUUCCGUUUCUUUGCCUAAUAGAUCGUGGCGGCUCUCUUCCUCCUCGUCCUUGCCGCUUAGGGCCUGGAACUUAGUUCCUUCCGAUUCAAAACCGGAUCGCUUUGAAGUUAGAGCCACGGCGGCGGAGAGUGCAGGUGAAGGCGAGAAGUCAGGGAGCCUGGUCAAGACCUUGGAGCUUGGACUGUUGUUUGGUUUGUGGUACCUCUUCAAUAUCUACUUCAAUAUCUACAACAAACAGGUUCUUAAGGUCUUCCAUUACCCUGUAACUAUCAGUGCAGUUCAGUUCGCUGUUGGGACGAUAAUUGUUUCCCUAAUGUGGACGUUUAACUUGUAUAAGAAGCCGAAAGUUAGUGGUGAACAGCUAGUAGCAAUUGUGCCUCUUGCUUUGGUGCAUAUCUUGGGCAACCUCUUUACGAAUAUGAGUCUAGGAAAAGUGGCUGUUUCUUUCACUCACACCAUUAAAGCUAUGGAGCCAUUCUUCUCAGUUGUGCUUUCUGCAAUGUUUUUAGGAGAGCUGCCAACUCUUUGGGUAGUUGGUUCACUUCUACCAAUUGUUGGAGGGGUUGUACUUGCAUCUGUUACUGAGGCAUCUUUCAAUUGGCCUGGAUUUUGGAGUGCAAUGGCUUCCAAUUUGGCAAACCAGUCCCGUAAUGUUCUUAGCAAAAAACUCAUGGUUAAGAAAGAGGAAUCGCUGGACAACAUUACCCUCUUCUCAAUAAUAACAAUUAUGUCCUUUAUCUUGCUAGCUCCUGUGGCUAUCUUUGUGGAAGGCAUAAAGUUUACCCCUGCCUACAUGCAAUCUGCUGGUUUGAAUGUUAAAGAAGUUGUUGUAAGAUCUCUGCUUGCUGCUCUUUCCUUCCAUGCCUAUCAGCAGGUUUCAUAUAUGAUACUGCAAAGGGUGUCCCCUGUUACUCAUUCAGUGGGCAACUGUGUAAAGCGGGUGGUUGUUAUUGUCAGCUCUGUUAUUUUCUUCAAGACACCUGUCUCACUGAUCAAUUCUCUUGGCACUGGAAUUGCUCUCGCUGGAGUUUUCCUGUAUUCUAGGGUGAAGCGAAUUAAGCCGAAGGCAAAGGCAGCCUAAUUUGUUUGCUUUGCUGAUAAAUUCCAGUUAUUACAUAUGUUUUACGCUACUGAUUUUAGGCAGAGAACUUAAUUUUGGGUAUUAUUUCUCCAUUUUAUUCCGUUUUCAUCUUUGGAUAAUUUUAUAUCUUCUCUUUUAAAAAAAAAAUAUAAUUCAGAUUGUCAAUUGAUUUUGAAGUAAA